UGUUUCGCAGUUCUGUCACUCAUUAACAAACUUUUUUUGUAUUGACGGGUUUCCAUCUCAGCACCUCUAGUACCUUUCCGGACUAGUUGGAUCUUUCUCCAGAACGCAAGUGAUUUGAGUGCCCCUGCCAGAUCUGGUAACGCAAUCCCUAUCUCGCCGGCAGUUAUUUUAAAACUCCUCUACUGAGUCACUUCAGGGACGUGUGGAAGGGAGAGUUUUAGGAAAGGUUUUGAUCCCACCCCCUUCCUCCUCCUGCUCCUGGAAGCGUGUAGGGUGGAGAAGGAGGGCGGUGAGUUUUCAACAAGGCGUUGUGAAAGAACUUCUGGACUAGCGCCGUGCUGGGGUUGUGUGUGACUGCAGAGACUUGGGACCUCUCUCCCUCUCCUUGCUGCCCGUCCUCUGCUGCUGGAUGUCACUGCCGGUAGUCUUGCCCAGUUCUUGCCCCGUGGUUGCUGGUGCAGCCGGCGGAGAUCCCUCACUGCGCUGCCGAGGUCGUUGGGCUCCGGGAACGCUGCCCCAGAAUCCUGGGAGCAACCCCGGGCGCCAGGCGGUAUCCAGCCCGCUCUACGGCCGCUCCCUCUUCGCCCUGGGACUGCUGCAGAUCGCCUUGGGCUUUUCCGUCGUCUCGCUCAGCUUCGGGGCUCUGUCCCUCACCGAAUCCCCCAAUGUCAGGAACUCGUGUCCCUUCUGGGCAGGCUCUUCGGUAAUUCUUUCAGGCAUCCUGGGAUUAACCACAUGGAAAAGGCCAAUGCUGCUUUUGGUCAACCUGUUCAUCCUGCUGUCUGUCGUCUGCGUUCUGCUGAACUUGGCCGGAUUCGUGCUCGCGUGCCAGAGCGCGCAGUUUGUGUCUGGUAUUGUGGACUGUAAGCUGGUCAAGAUUAUUGAGGGUAGCAGUUGCUUCUGCUGCGAAGACAGCCAGGCAACGAAAUGCAGCAGUAAGAAGGAAAUAUUGAUAUUAUAUCCAGUUCUCUCCGUGACAUGUGACACUGUUCGCCUUGUGCUUAAGGACCUCCUGUUUGCCAUUUGUGUGCUCAAUGCAUUGACCACCACAGUAUGUGUUGUAGCUGCAGCUUUACAGUAUCUCCAGAUCUUCUCAGGCAGGCGACCUCAGGCGAUUGAAGCCCCGGUACCCCAAGAAGAGUCUGAGGGUACACCCCAGAUUCCGGAUCUGGAUGAAUUUGUUCCUCCCAUCCCACCUCCUCCAUACUUUUCCACCUUCUGCUCCUACAGUCCCAGGAUUAAUCCACGGAUUCUUAGCAAUGACGUAAUUCCUUUGACGCAUAUCUACGCCUCCAGGAUGAAAGGGAUUGAAGUGUUUUGUCCUGUGGAACCCCCUCCCCCUUAUGAAGCAGUUGUGAGGGACCAAAAUAGUGAGCAGGUUCCAAGCUUGGUGAAUUCGAGGACAACAGAGACAGAACAGGAGCGAACAUCAUGUGCAGCUUCUGAUGACAGCAAUGGUCCAAGUUGCUCCCUCAGCGACCCCCUACAGCUGUGCAUCGUGCACCCAGCCCGCAGCAGGAACUCUGAAGCAGGAUGCAGGAAGUCAAGCAGGUCUGGCGUGAGAAGAUCAAACAGUGACCCAGUGCUCCAGGAACUAGUAAUAGAAGAGCUGGUGGUGAGCUGUGAGGCCGCAACGCAAACUGACGAGAGGUCCGAGGUUCAGGCUGUGACCUUGCGCAGAGGCCGCAGGUCGAGAAGCCCCAGGUCAAGGCCAAGGUCACUGGUGGAUUACACCAGCUACAGAGACACCAAGUUGUUGGUGGCCAGCUUCUUAAAGCAUUCGUCAUGCAGCAUGACUCCUGAAGUGCAGGAACUGGUGGACAGUAUUAGGUCAGUGUUACAGUCAGAUGAGGAACAUAUGGAAGAGGCUGUGGCGAGUGCCAAUAUUCUUGAGCAGGCGAUCACAGGCAGCUUGCAACACACUGUAAUGCGCAGGGAGGUGACCCAGACACAAAGGCGCACACGGCUACUCCAUCUACAAAGCUGUGGAGAUCUGAGCACGUGUGCUGUCGGCGAGCAGCGGCCGGUAACCCGAGGAAGGGUGGUCAAAGGCCAGCAGGAAAGGCCCCACAGUCUCGUCGGUGUGAUACAAGAGACAGUGCUGUAACCAUGCCAAACAUUUCUGAGUGCGAUUUGAGCCAAAACUCUGUCUGAAAGCUGAAGCAACAGAUGCCAGGAUGGCUAUAAUUUCAAGAUGAUAGUACAAUACACAGAGGAGAAGCUUAAUUAGAGCCAUACCUAACAUACUGGAAAUCAACAUGUGAAUAUAACAAUGAGGUGCAGCACAAACUCCAAGUGCCCUUAACUCAAAUGACAAAUUAAUAAAAUUUGCCGUUUAUGAUGCUGAAA